AUGAAGAGCAUCUGCAUCCUCCAACUGCUGAGUAACAAGCGAGUCCAAUCCUUUCGCGAUGUUAGGGAAGAAGAGACGGUGCUUAUGAUCGAGAAGAUUUUGAAUUCUGGUUCUGAUGUGGAUGUAUUUAUUGCUGGAACUGAUACUACAUCCACAACCCAAGAAUGGGCGAUGACAGAGCUCUUAAAAUAUCCUCAAGCCAUGAAAAAACUCCAAGCCGAAGUCAGAAGAAUAGCCCAACCCAACCAACCUAUAAUCGAGGACGAUCUAGACCAGAUGCCUUAUCUAAAAGCUGUGAUCAAGGAGACGCUACGCCUCCAUCCUUCGGCUUCCAUUAUCCCGCCCCGGGAGUCGACCAAAGAUGUCCAAAAGUUUGAUUUUGCAUUGCCUAAUGGGGUGGAGUUGGAUGUGAGUGAAGGUGGUGGUAUGACUGUUCAUAAAAAGUUCCCUCUACUUCUUGUUGCAACUCCUUGGUCUUGCUAA